AUGCCAGAUAAAUUAGUAUUUGUUUUCCAAACUGGUGUUUGUGUACUCUCGACCUUUUUGAUGAUCCUCAACGGAACAAUUAUUUCGCCUGCCAUGACAAAGAUUGCAACCGAUCUUGACGGUGUUGACAGUCAGGCCUGGAUUGCGUCUGCCUUUCUGGUUGGUGCAUGUGCUUCUCAACCAACUUAUACCUUUGUGUUCUAUCUUAUCAUUAAAAGGCGAGUUGUCCUCGGAUUUGGUGCUCUAUCGUUCAUGAUCGGGUGCUUGGUCUGUGCUUUAUCCCACACUAUCAAUAUGCUCAUAGCUGGGCGUACUAUUCAAGGCGCUGGCGGAGGAUGCCUUUUAUCCAUGUCUUUUAUUAUUGUUGCUGAUAUCGCAAGUGUUGAAGUACGUCCUCGUAUUCAGGCCUUGCUGGGCAUUUCUUAUGGCAUUGGCAGUGUGUCCGGUCCAAUUAUUGGUGGUGCACUGGUAGACUAUGUCACCUGGCGAUGGGAUUUCUGGCUUGGUUUUAUCCUCUCCAGUAUCAUCUUUGUUGUUGCGGUCUUUUUCUUUAAAGAGCCUGCUAAUGUUUCGCGUGAUUCAGUCUUAAGCAAGCUUAAGAGAGUCGAUUGGAUUGGUGUGGUACUGGCUAUGGGUGCUAUUUGCUGUAUAUUGAUUGCAUUGAGCUUUGGUAGCAUAUUAGGGUGGACAGAUCCCCACGCUUAUGGAGCCUUUACCGCAUGCGGUAUCGCUUUAAUCCUCUUGUUUAUUGUUGAAACCAAAUUUGCCGCUGAGCCUCUCUUGCCAAAGUCCAUUUUCUCCAACUUCCAUGCCGUCGUUGUUUUCUUCUUUAUGCUCUGCGUUGGUGCUCAAUUUGUGGCCAAUAUGUUCAUUAGUCCUAUGUUAUUCCAAGCCCUUUAUGGAGUAGAUGCAAUUAGCUCUGGUAUUCGUUUGGUUCCAUAUAUGGUUUGCCUUAUCUUUGGCGCCAUAGGUACAACAGCUGCCCUCAAAUUUUUUCCUUUCACCAAAUUUUUCCUUGUCCUUGGAGCUGCCUCGGCAGUAAUUGGCUACGGUCUCUUCCUUACUGUCAAUGAAAACAGUUCUUGGGGUGCACAGGCCGGCUACCUAGGAUUCUGUGGCUUUGCCUUGGGUAUUUCUCAAACAAACGGUCUUGUUAAUGUUCAAUCCGUGGUAGCAGAAAAGGAUGUUGCCAUAACAACAGCUAUGUUCAACUUCUUUAUGUUUAUGGGAGCUGCCAUUGGCGUUUCUAUUUACCAAGUCUUAAUAAGAACCUUUGUUGUUCACAACGUAGCAGAUGUUCCUCUCGAAUAUUUGUAUGUCGCCAACAAAUUUGGUGCCCUAAAAAAUUAUCUCUUUAUUCGUAAUAUGCCUGUUGAGUACCAAGGACCUAUUAUCCAUGUUUAUGCCAGAGCGAUGCACUCAGUGUUCAUUAUUCCCCUCGGUGUUGCAGCUGUUGGCUUUAUCCUUUCACUGUUUAUCAAAAAUGUUCGUUUUGGACAACCAGCUCAAACAGUCAAGGACCCCGAGAAUGUUCAAGCCUAGAGGUCUAGUGUUUACUGAUAAUAGUACUGUCAACCUCAUACACCAUACACACAUAUAUAUAUGCCUGUAUUUAUAUGUAACAUACAUACACAUAUACACAUACGUAUGUGUAUUUUCAUUGAUCUCUCAUAUACAUAUAUACACUUAUAUACUCCUUAUUAUUUUCUUAUGCACACAAAUUUUAAUAUUACUACCUGAAUUAUACAUAUUCUUCUGUUAGACGUUAUCUCAGAGACCCAUUUUACUACUUAAACCCUUUAUAUUAAUAUUAAUAAACUAUUACCCAAUAAACUUCCGUGUCUCUUUUUU